AUGGUCAUGCAGAGCCUCUUGACGACGCCCGCGCCACAGCGCGUGCUGCACACGACGAUCGCCCACGUCGCCAAGCCAACGGCCUCGGACGCCCACACGUACACGCAGUUCCUCGUGCGCGUGUCGGACGAGCGCUCGCCGGGUCUCCAUUGGGCCGUCUACCGCCGCUACUCGGAGUUCCGCAACCUGAAGCUCGCGCUCGAGGACGCGAUCGCCAAUCGCGACAUGUGCGCCCACUGCGCCAUCAUGUCGACGCGCACGUGCUUUGUGCUGUUCCCCCAUCGGCGACUGUUUGGCAACAUGCGCGCCAAGACACUCGAAAGGCGGCGCGUGGGGCUCACGGACUUCCUCGACGGCGUGACGAAACACGCGCGGACGUGUCGCGAGAGCAUGACGUGUCAGACGCGGGCGCUGAUGGACAAGUUCCUCAUGGUGAACGACAUGCGCUACACGUACUUGAACGUGGACAUGGCAGCCGAGGCCGAGCCAAGCGCAAAAGCUGCUGGCGACAAGGAGCAGACGGUGAUGGCGAUGACGAAGAGGAAGCAGGAGACGAGACAGUCGAUGGGUGGCGUCCAGCGGGGUCGGCCGUCGUCUACAGUAGGCCGCAUGGACGCGCACGACCGGGACGAGGCCUUGCGUAGCUGCUCGGAAGCGUGGACACCCACUAGUGACGAGCGCGUAGCUGGUCCGACGGUAGAUCAGUCUCGGGUCGAAGACACGGGCAGCGUAGUGGACACGUGGGGUCCAGACGAGCAGGACCACCAGCUGCGAGGGGGUCCAGCCGUGAAGCGUUGUGCUACCACGCCGACUGCUCUUCGACCUGGUCGAAACGUCCAGCGUUCGUACACACGAUGCACUGCGGCGGCGCCGACAGCGCGUCAGAGUCUCACGUCGGGAUGGGAACGAGCGACGUCCGCUCAGCAGACGAGCUCGUCCGCGUGCCGUCACUCGGACCCUGGCGUUGCUCUGCAUGAGCUAUUGAACUUUACACGCGGUAGUUUCUCGAGAGGCGGACGUCCGCAUCGUGCCGAGAGCCGCCUGCGCUUGCGAAAGGUGCACUUGUCGUCAGCGGCCAAGCGCGUGAAGAAGCUCGAAGAGGCUGAAGCGCGCUUUUGUGUGCCAACGCAGACGCGACAGCCCAGACGUCCGCCGCAGCUCGCGUCUAUCACUGAGGAGGUCUAG